CAGAGAAGGCAUAUAAACCGUGGGAGAGGUGUUUCCCCACAAUCCAUAGAGGACGACAGGUUUCAGUCAAAGGAGUCAGUUUCCCUUAGACGUCAGCAUUUGACUGCUCUCUCUCUCUCUCCCUCCCAAGCCCUCUCGUCUCUUCCUUCUCCUCCUCUCCGGUGGUCACUAUGAGCAACAAAGACGAGGCUCUUAGAGCCAAAGGGUUAGCAGAAGAGUGGAUGAGGAAAACAGACUUCCCCACCGCUCGCAGAGUCGCCGUCAAGGCUCAGAAGAUGGACGAGACGCUUGAGAACAUCUCACACAUGAUAAUGGUCUGUGAUGUCCACUGCGCUGCGGAGGAGAAGGCCGGAGACGAGACCGACUGGUACAAGAUCCUCCAAGUCGAGCACAGCGCAGACGACGGGGCGAUCAAGAAACAGUACAGGAAGCUCGCGCUUCAUCUCCAUCCGGACAAGAACAAGCUCCCGGGAGCAGAAGCUGCUUUCAAGAUGAUUGGGGAAGCUCAGAGGGUUCUUUUGGAUAAGGACAAGAGGAGGCUUCAUGACAUGAAACGCAAACCUUUUAAGAGGCAUGCACCGGGAGUACCUUCUUAUCAACCUCAACAGCCACAACAGCAGCAACACGCUCCUCCAGCGCCGCCGAGGGCUUUUUACACUGCGCCUGUCUUUCAGAGGAGCAGCUUCACAAACCAGGCGAAACCUCAAGCUAAGCCUCAGCCACAACCAGCUGGUUUUAGCGAGAGCAGGACCUUUUGGGCCUCGUGCGCCUUUUGUCACAUAAAGCAUGAGUGUGCGAAGGAGUUUUUGCACAAGCAAGUGGUUUGUCCGAGCUGUGGCAAGCAGUCUGUUGCUUUUCAAACCGCUUUUCAGACUCCACCGGUUCAGCCUACGUUCUCUUUCUACCAACAGAGCAAGGCUCCAACUCAAGAGGCAGCGCAUAAGCAACAGCCGCAGCCGGAGAGUUCUUCCAGAGUCUCCCCAAGGAAAGAGGCUACUAAAGCAAAAAGCUCGAGCAGUUCUGCUGAGCACAUCAAUGGAAACGGAAAGAGGAAGAAGAUGGUGGAAUCCUCGGAGAGCUUUUCCAGCGAGGGUAGCUUUGAUUUGGAAGAAGUUGCAGCAACUGGUGGGCAGUCUUCUAGGAGGUCGGUCCGUAGCAAGCAGAAGGUUUCAUACGAAGAGAAUGGCAAGAAUCCAGAAACCUUGCCUAAUGGGAGAAACAGGAAGGAGAAGGCAAAAGAUGAACAAGUGGGAAGCUCACGUGCCUCUCGUUCAAGCUCAGAGAGGAGCGCAUCAGACUUGGAGAUUCUCGAGUGUGCUGAUCCUGACUUCACCAACUUUGAGAAGCUGAGGGAAGAGAGCUGCUUCAAGGCUGGGCAGGUAUGGGCAAUGUAUGAUGACAUGGGUGAGAAGAUGCCACGUUACUAUGCCAACAUCAGGAAAGUCAUAAGGGGACCUAAGUUCGAGCUCAAGAUAACAUGGCUAGAGCACAGACCAGAUGACGAGAGAGCAAAAGGGUGGGCUCGCAGAAAGUUGCCAGUAUCUGUUGGAAAGUACCAACUAGUUGGAAAUGACAACACGAGUGACACUCCAUCUUUCUCUCACUUGAUCAGUUGCAGAGUAAGAGGCAUCAAAGACAUUGUAUCUGUAUAUCCAAGGGUUGGAGAGACAUGGGCUCUGUUUAAGAACUGGGACAUCAACUGGCCUUCCUCUGCUACUCAGGGUCAUGAGUAUAAGUAUGAGUUCGUUGAGAUCUUGUCCGAAUACGCUGAAGGGUUGCCAAUAACGGUUGCGUUUCUGCGCAAAGUAAAGGGCUUUGCAAGCGUGUUUCAUCGAGUUGCUGCGGCUGGUAGUGGUGGUAGAACAAACACGUUUCAGAUUCCUCCUCAUGAGCUGCUUAGAUUCUCUCACAGCAUCCCUUCGGCUAAACUGACAGGGAAAGAAAGGAACGGUGUUCCUGCUGGUUCUUUUGAACUUGAUACAGCUGCAUUACCUCAAAUGAUAGAAGAAAGUGAAGAGGAAGCUGCCAAGUCAAACCAUCGGUCUUCUCCUUCAUCAGGGCCAGACUGUGUCAUCAUCCCUAAGUACGAGUUCCAUGACUUCAGCGGGGAAAGAUCAGAGGGGAAGUUCACAGCUGGUCAGAUAUGGUCAUUGAACUGCAAAGAGGAAGGCUUGCCAAAGUACUACGCCAAGAUUCAGAAGGUAGAGUGGAGGCCAGUGUUUAAACUGCAGAUCAACAAGCUGGAGCUGGAGUCACUUCCCGAGGAUGUUACGAAGUGGAGGGACAAGAGGAUGCCAGUGAGCUGUGGGACAUUCGUUUUGAAGGAAGGCCAGAGAGAGACGCUCACUAAGGUGACUGGUUUCUCACAUCUGAUGAAGCCACAAGAGAGUGUAAGAAAAACAAAGUACACCAUCCUCCCCAAGACUGGUGAUAUCUGGGCGAUGUACAAGAACUGGAGCGAUGCGAUCAAGGUGGAGAGCUUGAGGAAGUGUACUUACGAGGUUGUUGAAGUUCUUGACGACGAUGAGAGCCACGUCGAAGUCAUGAUGCUGGAGAGGGUGGACGGUUUUAUUUCCGUGUUCAAGGAAAGAGUUGAAGGAGGCGUGGAUGUGAGGAGAACGAUCCCGAGGUGUGAGCUGUUGAGGUUUUCGCACCAUGUUCCUGCGUUCAGGCUAACUGGUGAAAAAGAUGGAGCUCUCAGAGGCUAUGUGGAGCUGGAUCCUACUGCUUUGUCCCGUAACUUGCUCAGAGCUUAGAGACUAUGUUCAGUCGUUGGUAGUAGUAGUAGUAAGUAGUAAUGGAUUUUGCAUUUUGUGCAAGAGUCUCUAGCUUUUAAUGUUUUAGGUUCAGACUGUUAACUUGCAUCGGAUCUGUUGUUUUGACUCUAGUUUUAGUCAAUCUGUUGAAAUAUCCUUUUAGCUUUA